GGAGCGGGGACGUCGUACGACGCGCACCGGAGCGAGGGAGAAAUCGCCGAGGGCGCGGCGGCGGGGACGAUCGUCCUCGGCGCGCUUCGAGUGCAACGGUUAGGCGCGGUGUGCGAAGGGUUCGUCGAUGGGGUGCUCAUACCGUCGAAACACGCGAUGAAUCGAGCGAUUCAUGGGGACUCGGUGGCGGUGGAGAUUUGUCCCGAGGACGAGUGGCGCGCGGCGACGGCGACGUCGGUGACGCUCGAAGACGGCGACCAGACGACGACGACGUCAAAGGUUCGCACGGGACGAGUCGUGGGCAUCACGCAUCGCGCCACGCUGGACGUCGUGGCGUGUUUGGAUGUCGUGGAUGAGGAAGACUUGAAGAGCGACGCGCGCGGCGAACGAAACGGCGCGCUCUGCGUGCCGAUGGAUUCAAAAAUCGUCAAAGUGAAACUCUUGACACGCCGCGCGCGGGACUUGGUCGGUCAGCGCUUCAUCGUGCGCAUCGAUCGCUGGCUGGCGAAUCAGCGCUACCCGAGCGGACACUUGGUGAAAAUUCUCGGUGGCGUGGGAGAGGUCGACGGCGAGAUGGCGGCGCUGUUGGCGCGUUACGACAUUCCCGCGGAGCCGUUUGGCGCGCGUGCGCUCGCGGAGCUCCCGCGCGAAGGCGCCGAUUGGAUGGUGCCCAAAGAAGAAAUCGAGAAAAGGAGAGACUUGCGCCAUCACAGAGCGUGUUCAAUAGAUCCCCCGGGAUGUACCGACGUCGACGACGCGCUGAGCGUGCACGUCUCAGCCGAUCGCGUCGAAAUCGGCGUUCACAUCGCGGACGUGUCGUACUUCGUGCGCCCCGGAACGUUGCUCGAUCACGAGGCACAAAUGCGUGGAACGACGGUGUAUUUGGUCGAUCGCCGUUUGGACAUGCUUCCGAGCUUAUUGAGCGAAAAUUUGGCGUCGCUGUUGGAACGACGCGAUCGCCUCGCGGUGAGUUGCGUUUGGACGCUCGAUAGGAAUCUCGACGUCGUCGACGUUUGGCUCGGUCGCACGGUGAUCCAUUCGAGACAUCAAAUGACGUAUUACCAAGCCCAAGCGAUUCACGACGGACAACCGCUGCCGCACGGUGACUCGAGCGAUACGUUUGACGCCGUAGAGCGCGAACUCGUUCGCGGGGAUUUGCAAACGCUCGUGGCGUUUGCGAACAAGACGAACGCCAUUCGGCUCGCGCACGGCGCUGUAGAGCUCGAGAGCGCCGAGUUGAGAUUUGAAACCGACGCACAAACGAAGACACCGACGGAGGUUUUACAAAAAGAUGAAGUGCCGAUGAUGCGCGUCGUCGCCGAGUUGAUGAUUUUGGCGAAUAGCGCGGCGGCGCGAACGACGCACCGCGCAUUUCCAUCCCGCGCGCUUCUUCGGCGCCACGCGCCACCUCGCGAAGGUGGUUUUGAAGAGCUCACAAAACUUGCUGCGGCGAAAGGCAUCGAGCUCGACGGUUCGAGCGGUGAGGCGUUGAACGCGUCGUUGGCGCGCGUCGCCGCGACGUCCGAGCCAGAGGUGACGACCCUGUUCAGAGGAUUGGCCACGCGCGCGAUGUCAGAGGCGCAAUACAUCAGUUCUGGGUCCAUUUCCGGUGCCGAUGGUGGGUUCGGGCAUUACGGUCUCGCGUUGACGUAUUACACGCAUUUCACGUCUCCUAUUCGUCGAUAUGCGGAUGUUGUCGUGCAUCGUCAGCUCAUCGCCGCCGUGGAUGUCGCCGAGGCGGAGAAGAGAGCGACGGAGCGUGAUCUGGACUCUCUGGCGCAACACUUGAACGAGCGCAAUCGUGCGUCAAAACACGCGCAAUCACGGUGUGGAGAAAUCUAUCUUUUGUGGCUUUUGCGCGAAAAGCCGAUGAUUGAGCCCGCCGUGGUGCACGAGAUUCGCGACGACGGCGUCAUGGUGUUCCUGCCGGCGUUUCACAUGAAGGCCCCGAUCAGGCUCGUCGAUGACGCGGGGAACGCCAUCGAAGAACUCAAAGAAAGCACG